UAAAAAAUAAUCAAGUAGAAGUAUCAGAAACUGCUGAAACAUUAUUUCAAAAAGAAAUUAACAAAAAAAGAAGAAAAUAUAAAAGAAUUAUCUUAGAAAAUGUUGUCAUCGAAGAUGAUUUGUUUAAUUUAUUUAUUACAGGAUUAGAUGUAGAAAAUAUUAUUAUUCAAAAAUAA